CUCUCCUCUCUAUCUCAACCCAUGGCGGACCCGAAGGAAGGUGGGAUCGUGAAACACGGCCACGAGGAAGGCCUGGGCCUUGCACUCGCCCUUCUGAAGGACUUCGAGCUGCCGGAGGGGCUGCUCCCCUUGGCCGACGUCGAGGAAGUCGGCUACGUCAAGGACACUGGGUACGUGUGGAUCGUGCAGCGGAAGAAGGUGGAGCACCACUUCAAAAUGGUGAGCAAGUUGGUGAGCUAUGAUGCGGAGAUCACUGGGUUUAUUUUGAAGAAGCGGAUUAAGAAGCUUAAGGGCGUUAAGGCUAAGGAGUUCCUGCUGUGGCCGCCUGUUAAUGAUAUCUACCUCGAUGAUCCCCCCACUGGCAAGAUUCACUUCAAGAGCCUCGCCGGCGUCACCAAGACCUUCCCUGUCGAGGCCUUCGCUGCUGGCCAGUGAUGCUUCGUAUCGUUGCUGCUUUUUUCUUCUCAAAUUUCAUACGUAUGAUGAAUAAAAUGGUUUCAUUUUUAUAUAUCUAUGUCUUCUUGAUGAAGUAUGUAUAAUUUCAACAUGAAUUGGGACGUAAUAUCAUGAUCCUCGGUCGUUUUAAAGAGCGUUAGUUUCAUUUAGAGAUGUCUAUUUAACUUUGGAGUCGAAAUUCUUAAGAAUUUACUCAUUUGUAUCGGCCUAAGUCCACUGUCAGUAGAUAUGGUAUGUUUUUGCUUGUUAU